AGAAGAAGAAGAAGAAGAAACAGCAGCAGCAGCAGCAGAAGAAGAAGAAGAAAAAACAGAAACAGAAACCACCAGCAGGAGGCGACUGUGACUGCUGUCCAUUUUUCUGUAGAAGAAGAAGCUGCAGUUGUUGUGGAAGUGAUCAGCUGACUUAUUUAAAGCUAAAGCUAAAGCUAACAGUGAAUCAUCAUCAUCAUCAACCUGAGGACGUUUCCAUCUCCCCGGAGGGAAACAACAUGGCGUUCAUCACGGCCAACUGGAACCCGCUGGGAGAAGCUUUUUAUCGUAAAACAGAGCUGUAUGAGAUGUGUUGGACCUUGAAGGACGGACUCAGAGACUCUCUGGUGGCUGCAGCUCCGUACGGAGGACCAAUAGCUCUCCUCAGAGAACCUCACAGACGUUCUCCCAGUUCUCGUCCUCAGUUGGAGAUUUAUUCUGCGUCUGGAGUCGCCAUCACCAGCUUCCCGUGGAAGAGUGGUCCUGUGGUCCACUUGGGUUGGACAGUCAGUGAUGAGCUGUUGUGUAUUCAGGAGGACGGCUCAGUUCUGAUCUACGAUCUGUUCGGAUCCUUCAAGAGACACUUCAGUAUGGGACAGGAAGUGGUCCAGAGUCAGGUGUUAGAAGCCAAAGUGUUCCACUCUCCUUAUGGAACAGGCAUUGCCAUAGUAACAGGCUCCUCCCGCUUCACCUUGGCAACCAACAUCGAUGACCUGAAGCUCCGGAGGUUACCUGAAGUCCCAGGUCUGCAGGGGAAGCCAUCCUGCUGGGUCGUCCUUACUCAGGACAGACAGACCAAAGUCCUGCUGUCCAACGGACCUGAAGUCUACAUCCUGGACAACACGUCCUGUACUGCUGUGUGUCCUCCAGGUCUUGGUCCUCAGGCCGGCAGUAUUGUCCACAUGUCCGUGUCUUUCAGCUAUAAAUACCUGGCUCUCUUCACUGACACCGGACACCUGUGGACAGGCCCCUCCCACCUCCAGGACAAACUGAGUGAAGUCGACACCAAAAAGUCGACGCCUCCCAAACAGAUGGUCUGGUGUCGCAGACCGAAGAGUCAGCAGCCGUCUGUGGUGUUGAUGUGGGACAGCCUGCUUAUGGUGGCCGGAGUCUGUAAUGACACCAUCCAGUUCCCCAUAGAGGAUCAGUGUGUUUUGGUCGGAGAGCUGGACGGAGUUCGGAUCAUCAGCUCAACCAAUCAGGAGCUGCUUCAGGAAGUUCCUCUGGUCUGUCAGGACAUCUUCAAGAUCGCUUCCAUGGCUCCUGGAGCUCUGCUGCUGGAGGCCCACAGGGAGUACGAGAAGUCGAGUCAGAAGGCCGAUGAGUACCUGAGGGAGAUCAAGGAGCAGAGCAUGCUGGGAGAAGCAGUCAGACAGUGUGUGGAGGCGGCGGGACACGAAUACGACACCAACACCCAGAAAUCCCUCCUGAGGGCGGCCUCGUUCGGGAAGUGCUUUCUGACCGACUUCAGUCCGGAUCCGUUCGUGUCGACCUGCAGAGAGCUCAGAGUGCUGAACGCUGUGAGAGAGAGCGGCGUGGGGCUGCCGCUCACACACACGCAAUUCAAACAGAUGACUCUACAGGUGCUGAUCGACAGGUUGGUGUAUCGACAGUUUUAUCCGUUAGCGAUCGAAAUCUGUCGUUACCUGAAGAUUCCAGACUAUCAGGGCGUCAGCAGAGUCCUCAAACACUGGGCUUCCUGCAAGGUGCAGCAGAAGGACCUAUCGGACGAGGCCAUAGCCCGAGCGGUGUGUGUGAAGGUGGGGGACUCACCUGGUGUUUCUUACUCGCACAUCGCAGCUAAAGCUUACGAAUGUGGACGCACUGAGCUCGCCAUCAAGUUGUUGGAUUUCGAGGCUCGGUCUGGAGAACAGGUUCCUCUGCUGCUGAAGAUGAAGAGGAGUCAGUUGGCCCUCAGUAAAGCUGUGGAGAGUGGAGACACUGACCUGGUUUACACAGUGGUGAGUUACCUGAAGAAUGAGAUGAACCGAGGGGAUUUCUUUAUGACUCUGAGGAACCAACCGAUCGCACUCAGCCUCUACAGACAGUUUUGUAAGCUGCAGGAACAGGAGACUCUGAAGGACCUUUAUAACCAGGACGACGAUCACCAGGAACUGGCCAACUACUAUGUUACUGCCAGUUACAGAGAAAAGAGGUUAGACAGCCGUCUGUCUCUCCUGCAGAGCGCUGUAGACGAAUACAACAAGGCCAAGAACGAGUUCGCUGCAAAGGCCACAGAGGACGAGAUGCGUCUCCUUCGUGUCCAACGAAAACUGGACGACGAGAAAGGGGCGGGGCUACUUGGACUGUCUCUACAGGCGACCAUGGAGGCUCUGCUGGCUUUAGGACUCCACAAACAAGCAGAACAACUUUACAGAGACUUCAGAGUACCUGACAAAAGAUAUUGGUGGUUAAAACUGAAGUCUCUGGCAGAGAAGGAAGAGUGGGAGGAGUUAGAGAAGUUCUCAAAGAGCAAGAAGUCUCCUAUUGGUUACCUGGCGUUUGUUGAAGUUUGCAUGAAGAGUAACAACAAGUACGAAGCCAAGAAGUACGUUUCCAAGGUAACACCUGAGCAGAAGGUCAAAGCUCACCUGGCCGUCAGUGAUCUUGAGGGGGCGGCAGAUGCUGCGAUCGAACGCAAGAACGAAUCAGAGAUGGGGGCGGUCCUCUCCAGGUGCUCCACCUCCGACCACCUGUUGAUUGACAGGUUGAACCGAGCCAGAGCCUCCGCUGCCAAAAAGUGAUCCGCAGUUUACUUGCUGAUUGAAACUCAGAGCAGGUGUUACCAUAGCGACCAGAGCAGGAGCUGUAUCUUCUUCAUGUUUAAUGUCAAAACUAACACAUCUGAUCAUAUUAUUGAUCUGUGGUGAUAAAUGAUGAUUGAUUAUUGAUCCCCAGCUUCUUCUGUGUUUCUGUCUGAACUCGGAAUAAAAACCCUCCAGUCCUUCAGUAACUGAACUCCCCCAUCCCUGUCUGCCCCCCACGUUGCUUCAGGUCCAGUUAAACCCCUCCCCCAAACAGUGAUUGUCCAAUCAGAGCUCAGUAUGUCAGGAACCAGUGGCGGCAGCGGUCAUGGAGCAGAGAUACUCGGUAUAAAGCUAAAGACUCGGCGCAGGUUGUCCCUGUGGUUCAGGGGGUUAAAACUUUGACCAUGAACGUAACGUCCCCGGUUCGAGUCCCUCGUGUCAUCUCGCUACUACUUCGCUAUCUAAAAAAGGCACAAAAUGUCCAAAAAACAAUAGUAACAGAAGAUAAAAUAACAAUAAUAAGAACAGAAGCUUCUGAAAUGUUUCCUGUUGACAAUGAAAGCGUGAAACGGCGUUACUGAAGUUCCUGUUCAUGUCAGCUUUAUUCGACUGUUUGCUGAUGACUUUCCGUUUGCUGAACUGCGAUUAUUUUCUGUACAAACGCACCUUUUCCUGCUGCUGUUAUUAAAAGCUUUCCACCUGA